UUGGCUGCCAUUGGCUGGUGCUCUUGGGCUGAGGCUAUAAGACAGCGUCCGGUUUACUGUGCAUUAACUGUGUGGACGCCCCCAGCUACGGAAACUCAGUUCAGCGGAGCAGAACGCUGCACAGAAGGGCAGGCUCAUUGAGAGGGUGUCGGCGAGACCAUGGAGAACCGAUUCACAUAUGAAGAUUAUCAGAACACUGCAGAAUGGCUUCUGUGCCACACCAAGCAUCGACCUCAAGUGGCAGUGAUCUGUGGUUCUGGUUUAGGAGGUCUGGCUAAUAGAUUAACUCAGACCCAGAUCUUUGACUACAGUGAGAUACCAAACUUUCCCCAAAGUACAGUGCCAGGCCAUGCUGGUCGACUUGCAUUUGGGUUCCUCAAUGGCAGAGCCUGUGUGAUGAUGCAGGGCAGAUUCCACAUGUAUGAAGGCUACCCACCCUGGAAGGUGACAUUCCCAGUGAGGGUUUUCCAACUUCUGGGUGUGGACACCCUAGUGGUCACCAAUGCAGCUGGAGGGCUCAACCCCAAGUUUGAGGUUGGAGAUAUCAUGCUGAUCCGUGAUCACAUAAACCUACCUGGUCUCUGCGGAGAGAACCCUCUCAUAGGGCCCAAUGAUGAAAGAUUUGGAGUUCGUUUUCCUGCCAUGUCUGAUGCCUACGACCGGGAGAUGAGACAGAAGGCUCACUCUACCUGGAAACAAAUGGGGGAGAAGAGAGAGCUACAGGAAGGCACCUAUGUUAUGCUGACAGGCCCCAACUUUGAGACUGUGGCUGAGUGCCGUAUGCUGCAGAAGCUGGGUGCUGAUGCUGUUGGCAUGAGCACGGUACCAGAAGUUAUAGUUGCAAGGCACUGUGGACUUCGAGUCUUUGGCUUCUCCCUCAUCACUAACAAAGUCAUCAUGGAUUAUGAAAGCCGUGAGAAAGCCAACCAUGAGGAGGUACUAAAUGCCGGGAAACGAGCUGCAGAGAAAUUGGAACAGUUUGUCUUCAAUCUUAUGGCUAGCAUUCCACUUCCUGCCUGUGCCAAUUAACCAGCCCUGGAAUGGUCUGGUCUCUCCCUUGUGGGACCCAAGUAGCUACUACCUACUUUGGACUCUUGCUGGGCUGACAUGCCUCUAGCCUUAAGUAGUAACAGAAAAGAGAGGCUGGUCCCUGUCCUUCACUUUCCCCACUUCUUCCACCAGACCCUUCUGGUGCCUGUCCCUCCUUUGUUCAAUUGUCUUCUCAAAACAGUUCUGCCUUUUGUUCCCCUCCUCCCAUUAUUUCCCAAGAACUGGAGCCCAAGACAAAGCCUACUACGCAUCCAUGAAUGUUCCCAGGAUUUGACUUGGGUCACUGAACUUCAACAGUAAUAAUUGCUGCUAACUUUUGGAGAUGAUGUUCUUACAUUCCUGGGGACUCAGAUCUAUCUCCCCCAAAGUCUUAGAGACCACACAGAGACCAGUCCAAUACCUCUUGGAUUUUAAUACUAUCAUAUUUUGAGAAUAAAGAGAAAGAUGAAAUUACUUAUUCAUUUUUGUGCAAUUUGGGAUAAGGCUAG